AUGGUUGGAUACUCCCUUAAACUAAAGGGGCCCGUCAAGUAUAAAGACCUGAUAACCUCCUCCAAGAAGGAGCUGAAGAUGCACUCCGAAAUACCACCGUUAUCCCAAACAAACUCCAGGCAGAUCGCACCCAGUGUGCUGAAGCGGCUGCCGCCCGUGCUGGGCAAGGAGCAGGCCAAGAAGCGACUACUGGCCUUCUCGGCGGCACGCCAGGGCGCCAUCAAGAAGCCGCCGGUGCCGCCCAAGCCGGUGAAGACGGCUGCCGCCACCGCCGAGGAGGAGGAGAAGCGGCGCAAGAAGCGCGAGCGGAGCCCGCUGCUGAUUGAGCAGAUCAAGCGCGAAGAGGAGGAGCUGCGCGAGACGCUCAACCUUGGCCACCUGCCCAGCUCGGCCAUCAUCAUCGGCAAUGCCACCAGCAUCAUGGCUUCGAUGGCAUCGAUGGCGGCGGCCAAGAACCGCGACGCGCAGGUGGCCGAGGAGAAGGCGAGCAUCGAGGCCGCCGUGGAGGCGGCGGCCCGCCGCAGCCGCAGCGCAUCCCGGUCUGGCGGCCGGCGCCGGCGCAGCCGCAGCCGCAGCCGCAGCCGCAGCCGCAGCCGCAGCCGUAGCCGCAGCCCCGAGCCGGUGAAGCGGCGCCGGCCCGACACGCUGCCGAUCGACUGGCGCGAGUACAAGGACGGCGGCUACGAGCCGGACGACAUCCGCAACAUCCGCACAGAGCUGAUCCGGCGCAAGCGGCGCGACAGGGACGACCGUGAGCAGUAUCGGCGCCGGCGGCGGCGGCGCCGCUCACGCUCCUCCGGCUCGGGCUCGGCCGGCCGCGACUCGUCGCCCGAGGAGGAGCCGCCGCUGCUGCGGCCCGAGUACGACCACCGCAUGAUCGUGUACGUCAGCGUGGUGGGCCGCACUCGCGCGCUUGAGUACCCGCGUGAGACGGUCAAGACCACCAAGACGCGGCCUCACGUGACGUACGGCGAGAGCCUGCGCGUGUUCUCGCGCACCAAGUCGCGCAAGCGCGUGCUGGCGGAGGUGGACGAGACACGGCGCGCCGAGCUGGCGGCCUGGUGGUCGAGGUCGGAGCCGAGCACGCCGGCCGGCCCGGCCGAGCCGCUGCGCGAGCGGCCGUGGUACUCUCGCGACCCAGAGGUGGACGAGGUCGCGCCGCCUGAGCACGACGAGAAGGCGCGCUCUAAGUGGGACUCGGACGCAGAGGCGACGGCCGGGCCGCGUCAGAAUGGCCGACAGGCGGCCGCAGAGCUGGCGGCCGUGCGGGAGGCGACGGGGGCCAGCCAGGAGCCGACCAGCUCCGAGCCAAUGGAGGUGUCGUCGACGCGGGAGGAGCCGCAGUUGGCGGAGGCGGACACGGCCGGCGGAGCCGAGCCGGGCUCGGCACAUGAGGAGGAGGAGGAGGUGGCGGAGUCCCCGCCGGUCGUCGACGAGCGGCCUCCCCAGGAGGAGGCCGCCCAACAGAGGAGGGACUCUGUCAACGGCUCGGAGGUGGAGCAGGGCGUGCGGAAGGGCGAUGACGAGGAAAAGGGUCGAAAGAGGAAGGACAGCGUCGGCGAGGAAGUGAGUCGAAAGCGGAAAGACAGUGUUGACGAGAUGAUCCGAAGGCAGGAACAAGAUCGUGAUCGUAAGUUGAGCGGGCAGAGGAGAGGAAGUGUGGAGGAGGCUAGCCGUAGCAAGGGGAGAGAAAGUAUGGAGGAGGUGAGCCUUAGUAAGGGGAGGGAAGGUGUGGAGGAGUCGAACCGUAGCAAGGGGAAACGAAGUGUGGAGAAGGAGAGUGGCGGUGAAGCGGCCGACAGAAAGAUGAAAAUAAGCGGGGAAGUUGGUCACCGCGAGAGGAGGGAGAGUGGAGGUGGUGUGGCGGAGAACAGCCGCAAAGAUAGAGAAAGUGGCUUCGAAGCUGCCGAUCGAAAGAGCAGAGAAAGUGGGGAAGAGGAUAAGAGUAAGCGAGACGAAAGUGGCGAUGAUGUGGCGGUCAGAAGGAGGAAAGAUAGUGUAGAGCGCGAUGGCCGUAAGAGGGGAGGAAGUGACGAUGAAGGGAUGAGCCGCAAGAGGAAGGAAACGGAAGAUGGAGAAGUUGCAGGCAAAAAAGGUGGCGAAAAACCCAGUCGCAAGAUGAGGGAAAGUGUAGAAGAGGUGGACAACCGAACAUGGAAGCAGAGAAAGGAGGAGAAAGAGGUCAGUCGAAAACGAAGUGAAAGUUUUGAUCGUUCUGGCCGAGACAGAAGAGAGGUUGACGACAAUCGACGGGACACAGGCGACAAAAUAGACGGUGAGGGAGACCGGAGCAGGAAAGGCAGGGCGAAGGAGGAUGUCCGAGGCGGCGCUGAGAAAGAGUCUCCGGCUGCGAAGCGUAGCAGGAGAGAUAGGUCAGAAGAUCGGGCUGAAUACGCAAAGGAAAAAGGCGGUGAUCGCAAAGAUAGUAAAAAGAAGCACAAACGUAGGUCCGCAAACAAGGAGGACACGUCCGCAGACGACGAUACAGAUGAUUCGGUAGCUGAAGAGAAGUCCAAGAGGUCUAAAAAGAGCAAGAAAAACAAGGAUAGGCGUCGUGACGAUGAUUCUGAUGAGGACAGGGUGGAGAAGAAAAAGAAAAAGAAGAAACACAAGAAGGCUGCCUCAGAAAGUGACUCGGACUCGGACGAAUCGGUGGACAGGCCUAAAAAGAAGAAGCGCCACUCCAAAAAGAAGAAGAAGAAGGCCGCCGACACCUCCUCGGAGUCCAGCAGCGAGGACGAGUCGCCGAAGAAGAAGAAAAAGUCCAAGAAGAAGAAGAAAAAGAAGGGCCGCUCGCGCCAGCGCGACCCAUCCGACACCAGCGACGACUCGGACUCGGACGACGGCGCCGGUGCGGGCGGCAGCGGCUCCAAGAAGCGCUCGCGCCGCGAGGGCGGCGACGACGGUGACUCGGAGCGGCGGCGGCGGCGGCCCUCGCGCGACGGCCGCCCGUCCGAGCGGCGCUCGUCACACAAGCGGCGCCGGCGGGACAGUCCGAGCGAUUCAGCCGAGAGCGCGAGCGCUAGCACCAGCGACUCGACUGACAGUGCCAGCGACCAGACCGAUAGCGAGGUAGAGCGGAGCGGCCUUGUGGUGAGCGAUGAUCAGAUGGAGCCCAGCGGUCUGCUGGCGAGUGGUGGUCAGAUGGAGCCCAGCGGUCUGCUGGCGAGUGGUGGUCAGAUGGAGCCCAGCGGUCUGUUGGCGAGUGGUGGUCAGAUGAAGCCCAGUGGUCUGUUGGCGAGUGGUGGUCAGAUGGAGCCCAGUGGCCUGCUAGCGAGUGGUGGUCAGAUGGAGCCCAGUGGUCUGCUGGCGGCGAGCAGUGUGAUGGAGCCCAGUGGCCUGCUGGCGGCAGAGGUUCGUAUGGCGCCAAGCGGUCUGCUGUCGGGAGGGUCCGGCUCGCCGGAGCUCGCGGUCGCUCGCGGCCGCUCGCCGUCACCCGAGCUCUACAGUCCGCGGGCGGCGCUGCAGUACGAGGCGACGCCGUCGCCGCCGCUGGCCAGCGACGAGGAGGACUGCGCGCCCGCGCGCUGCCCAUCCCCUGCGCCGGCCAGCGCCCGGAACGCGGACGCGCCGGCGCCUCUGGUGUCGGAGCAGCGCUACUCGCCGACGGCCGUCUGGGAGGCGGAGGAGGAGGCCACGGCCGCGCGCGACUCGCCGCAGAGUGCACCGCGCGCUCGCCGCCGCUUUACCGACUUCCCGGAGCCGGCGGCCGCACCCGCGCCCUUGGCCGUGCCCGUGCUGCGCGGCGGUUCGUCGCCGUACGACCCGAGCUCCCCCAGCUCGCUCUACGACCCCGGCUCGCCCACCUCGCCGCAGAUGAGCCCUGCGCCGGCACGGGAGGAGUCGCCCCGGCCGCUCACACCGCCCUGUCGGGAACCCACUCCGCCACGUCAGGAGUCCACCCUGCCGCGUCAGGAGCUCACCCUGCCACGUCAGGAGCCCACCCCGCCGCGUCAGGAGUUCACCCUGCCGCGUCAGGAAUCCACCCCGUCAGGUCGGCAGCCCAGCGCGUCGAGUGCAUCGCCGCCUCGCAAAGGCUCCCCGCCGCGUCGGCGGGCCAGUCCGUCACGCCACGAACGGAGCCCGCCGAGCGCGUCACGGCGCAAAUCAAGCCCGACGCGCCGCAGGUCGAGCUCCCGCAGCCCGUCUCGUCGGAGGUCCAGCCCUUCACACCUCAGGGGCAGCCCAUCGCGCAGAAAGUCGAGCCCCUCACGGAGCAAGUCCAGCCCAUCGCGUCCUCGUCGCGAGUUAAGCCCGCGCAGCCCAUCUCGUCGCAAGUCCAGCUCAUCAUGUCGAGGUAGCACGUCCAGCCCACCUCGCCGGACGUUCAGCCCAUCAGGACGUAAGUCCAGCCCUGCCCGUCGCAAGUCCAGCCCAUCCAGUCCACGACGGCGUAGAUCCAGCCCGUCACGUCGGGAAUACAGCUCUCGCAGCUCGCCGCGUCGCAAGCCCAGCCCGUCGCGCCGUCAUCGAAGCCCAUCGCCCCGCCAGACCAGCGCCCCGGUCCAGGCGGCGGCGCGUCCCGACAGCCCGGCGGCUGUGGCGGCCGCCUGGGCUGCUGACGCCGUUCCGCCUCUGCCGCCCUCUUCCGGCCGGCAUGAGCCGGAGCCGCCGGCCGCCGGCGACUCACCGUCGCUGCCACUGCCGCUGGAGCUGCCCGUGCCGCAUGAGAUCCCACUGCCGCCGCCAGUCUCGGACAUUGCGGUGCGCGCGCCGCCGCCGCCCAAGCCGAUCGGGCUCGGUAUCAAGCUGGCGCCGAAACGCACGCUGCGGCCCGUGGCGCUGGGUGCGUUCGCCGAGCCGGAGGAGGCGGUGCGCGCGGCACCGCGCUGGUCGCCGGCCGACAGUGACGAGGGCGCGCCGCCGGGACCACCGGCCGUGGAACGGCCGCCGUCGCCUGAGCAGCCGCCGCACGUGGAGGGGGCACGGGCGCCUGAGGCGAGUCCUCCCCCACACCAGGCGGAGGAGGCGUGGGUGGGGCAUGGUCAGAGUGACGGCCGGGAGGAGGCGGGACCAUCCGAGCCGGUCGCGCUCGUCUCCCCGACCCGGCCGCCCAGCCCGCUACCGCCGCCGUCGCCGUCGCCGUCGCCGACCGCCGCCCGGCCCGCCAGCCAGUGGGCGACGGAGAGUCCGCCGCGCGCUGCUAGCCCUCCAGAGGAGAGCCUGCCGUCGACCGACAGCGAGAGCGAGGAACAGAUGGUUCAGCAUUCCCCCCGGUCUGAGCUCCAGUCUCCUGCCAUUCCCCAGCUCAGACAGGCUAGCCCCAAGGAGCUGGCGCUCGAGAGUCCUGCGAGGCAAUUUCAGAGUCCGGACAGGCGGUCUGAGAGUCCCAGAGCGCGGUCCAAAAGCCCCGAAUCACGGCCCAAAAGCCCUGAGUCACGGCCCAAAAGCCCCAAAUUGCGGUCCCAAAGUCCUACGUCACGGUCCAAAAGCCCCGAAUCACGUUCCAAAAGUCCUAAACCACGUUCCAAAAGCAAUAGAGGAAGGUCUGGAAGCCCCAAAUCCCAGUCUCUGGAGAGCCAUGAGAAACGGCCACAGAGCCCCAAGUCUCGUUCGCGGAGCAGUCCUACCAGAAGGUCUCGCAGCCCGAAAUCUCGAGCCCAAAGCAGCCCCGGCGGCAGAUCUCGCAGCCCAAAGUCACGGUCCCGGCACAGCCCCGGCGGCAGGUCCCGGAGCCCUAAGGCGCGAUCUCGUCACAGCCCCGGCGGCAGGUCUCGGAGCCCCAAGUCUCGCUCUCGCAACAGUCCGAGGCGGCGAUCGAACAGUCCGAGGUCGCGAUCUCGCAGCAGCCCCGGCCGCCGGUCCCGGAGCCCGAAGUCUCGCUCGCGGAGCGGCACGUCACGACGCUCCAGGAGCCCCAAAUCUCGCUCUCGCAGCGGCACAUCGAGGCGUUCGAGGAGCCCCAAGUCACGCUCUCGAGCUAGCCCGGGCCGGCGCUCGCGCAGUCCCCGGAGCCGCGCACGCGCCAGCCCCGGCCGCAGGUCGCCCACGGCCCGGUCACGGCACGGGGCCAGUCCCAGAUCCCGCGGACGCGGCAGCCCAGCCCGACGCUCCAGAAGCCCCAAAUCUCACGCGCGGCGCAGCCCGCCGCGGCGGUGA